AUGGAGUGCAUGGAGGAGGCGGUGGUAGUGUGCUUGCUAGAGCCUGCCAUAUGCCUGCCCUGCGAGAAGCUGCUGCCCUGGCCCCUGCCCCUCACCCGCUGGCCUAAAGGGCAUCCCAUCAGUCUCAAAAAGAAGACCAACCUCAUGUGGGAUGAGUCACAAGCAGUCAUGUUGUCCAUGCUGCUCAGGCUGUUUCGUAGGGACAAUACAAUACAACCAGAGACCAGACCUAGGCAGAAGGCAUUCUGUAAAGCAGGAAGAAGGAGAUGGCUCUGGGGAAGACACAGGUCUGUUGGGAAAGAGUCCUCCCAAACCUACACCAUCAGUGAGCAGGAGCAGAGAGUGAAGAGGUUGGAGAAGCUCAAAAGGGACCUUGAAAGAAUGAAGAACGAGAGAGAUGAACUCCGGGGAAUCCUGGCACAUUAUAUUAACAAGGAUUUGAACAAGAGGUUCAACUUUGAGACUACUAUGCUGGAGAUGCAACACGACCAGGUGAUGAGCGAGCUCAAAAACAUUCCGCAGCAGAUCAGUGAGGCCUUGUAUAUGUGCCAGGAGUUGACUAAAAAUAAUCAACUUUACAGCAUCAGGAACUGUCACCUCCUGACAGAAUCUCUUCAUAUGAAGAGUGAAGUAAAAAUGCUCUGGAAUGAAAACAGGCAGCUGCUUAAGGAGCAGAUUACACUGGACGUGUGUUCUAAGGAAACAAGGAGGCUAUGUGUGGAGGCCAGCAUGAAGAUCUAUGACAAAUUUUCCAAGCAUAUCCAAUUCAUAGAGAAAUUUUCACCUUGGUCCAAACCCUAUGACAGGCUGAAUAUUAAAUUCAGGAUGCUUCAUUUACAACAUGAGAAGACAACGAUGAACAUGCAGAAAAUGACCAGCAGGAUGUGUGAUGCCAUAGAGAAUUGCAAGAAGCUGAUUGAAGAGAACAAUUCCUACAGACAUAUAAGCACCCAUGUGGACGAUGGUCUCUUCCUUGAAGUUAUCUCCUGGACCCUGUUUACUGCCCUGCAGGACAAGCCACAGAACAAGAAGUAG